AUUCCAAAUCAUAAAACAUUCUAAAUAUAUAUAUAUAUAUAUUAUAUUAUAUUAACAAACAUAAACAUAAAAUACACAUUAUCCCUAACAAUUAACCUCCCAAGAUCAAUCCCAAAAAAGAAAAAUGCAUUAUUAUCCAUCUAUCCCUUUCUUCAUUCUAACCAUCCUUUCAACCCUCCUCACCUCAUCCAACUCCCACCGUUGUUCAGACAAAUUCCAAGAGCUCGUCAAUGCCCGAAAUCUCUCGAAUUGCCAACGCCUCCCAACGCUUGGUGCAGAGCUUGGUUGGAGCAUCCCUGCGCCCAACAAAUCCCACCACGUAUUUCGAGUCCUCUUUGGCGCCCUGAUGGAAGCCGACGGGGGGUGGUUGGCGUGGGGAGUGAAUCCAGGGAAAAAGCCAGAGAUGGUGGGGACGAGAGCUGUGAUCGGGAUCAAAAACCCUACGAACGGUUCUUCUUAUUGUAGGAGUUAUAAUUUGACCCAUGAGACACGAAUUGGAUGCCCGCUUCGACCGACGGAUUUGGAGGAGAUAAAGUGUACGAAAUUCGAAUAUGAAACCAUGACGGAUUACCAUUUGAUUUCCGCUAGUUUGAAUCUUUCGGCUGCGAUUUAUAAUGAUUUGAAGCUUAAUAUUGUGUGGCAAAGUGGAUUAGAUGUUGACGAAGAUACGCCAUUAGCGCAUACGACUACUUUAAUGAAUAUUGAUUGUGUUGAGACGCUUGAAUUGAGUACGGGUAAAAGUACUGAUAUGACUCACCUCAAGAUUUACUUUAGAAAAGUGCAUGGAAUAUUGAAUAUUAUAGGAUGGGGAACAUUUUUACCAAUAGGAGCAAUAAUAGCAAGAUUCUUUAGGAAAUUCCCAUUUGAAAGCGAUGUUUGGUGGUACCGUACUCAUGAGGUUUGCCAAUUGGCUGGGUUCGCCAUUGGCAUGGUUGGUUGGGGGAUUGGGAUGUGGCUCGCCCAUAGUUCACCUGACUACAUUUUCAACACUCAUCGUGUCUUCGCCAUCUUCAUCUUCGUUUUUGCCACUUUACAAACAUUGGCGAUAAAGUUUAGACCCUCGCCUACGGACGACUCUCGAAAAGUGUGGAACAUCUAUCAUCAUUUCCUAGGAUAUGCUUUACUAGCAUUGAUAUAUAUAAAUAUAUUUGAAGGAAUGAGAAUCUUGAAGCCAGAGAACAAAGAGAAAUGGAGAUAUGCAGUCAUUGGAAUUCUUGUAACAUUAGGGUUAGUCACUUUGGUUCUUGAAGUCCAUACUUGGAGAAAGUUUAUUAAACAAAGAACUACAAGGAAGAAAUUGGGGUCUCAAUUUCCUAAUCAAGCUAGGCCUAAUCAACAAGAAGAAGAAGAUGGGGAUGGAAUGACAAUUCAAUCACCACCAUUUUCAAGAAGAAACAUUCCCUCUACACCUGCACCAAUAUAAGAGUAAGUAAAAUAGCUAGGACAAACAUAAUAAUAUUGGUAAUAUUAUUAUUUAAUUCUAACUUUUUUGUAUGGAGAGAUGUAUUUUUCAUAUAUACUUGCACUUUUGUGAUCAUAUAUAUAAUUUGUUUUGGUGUUUAAGUUAUAAUGCUUUUUUAAUUUUGUUUUGUUAGGAUGGUUUGAGAAUUUCAUGGUGUAUAAACGAAUUAAAGAGAGCUCAAUAAUAAUGUUUGCAAAGUUACAUACAUA